AGAACUCAUAUGCAGGAUCUGUUAGAUACGACAGCUCUCCGACACUAUGAGAACUUUAGAAGAUCUAAACUGUCUUGCAAAGAAACUCUGAUUAAUGGAAAGGAUUCAGAUUCAGAUCAUGUGAAGGAUCUCAAUGAGUCAAAUAUUUAGGAUGUAUUAGUUUAGCGAGAUUAUGGUACUUUUUUUCACCCCUCAUUUUUUUUCAGUUUUGCAUUUCAAAGACAUAGUGUAGUGUGUAUAUACUUUUUUAUUAUCUCAAAAGGAAUUUUAUAUGGAUAUUCUAUAAGCUGAAAUGUUUGAUUAAGUUUACAAAAGUUAUUUAAAAUUAAUUUGAAAUAAUUUUCUAAUCUACUAUUAGAAAAUCAUAAUUUUUACAUUUAUAGUUACUUAAUUAUUGUAUUUUCUGUCAAAGUUUAUAUCCAUUAUGUGAUUUUUUUUAGAUUAUUAGUAAAUGAUCUUAUUCUUACAUCGGACAGUGUACUUGAAAAUAAAUGACAUACUUAUAUAUAUAUAAAUAUAUACAUGUAUACAUAAUUCUCAUAUCUUUUGUGUAUUUCUAUUAUCUAGCAGAGUAGAUAACUUUACAUGUGUGUGCCUUAUUUGGACUGGUUAAGAGAAUGUAACAUCAGUCUUUAAAGGUAUUCAGAUUUUGUACCAUUAGUAUGUUGGUUGUACCGAAGAAAAAGUAAAUAACCUUCAGAAAAAAAUUAUUAGCAUAAAUGAUUAUAUACUGACUGAAAGUGUUAUAAAUGGUUUAUGAUCUCAAUAGUGAAAAUGUAUCUGUAAAAGUUUCUCUAAGUGACAUUAAAUCAUCUUUCCAUGUUUGUCAAGA